GGCGUGGCUAGCAUAGGGGCUGACCGCGCUGCUACAGUCCCUCUCUCAUGCAGACUCUGCAUCUGUUUUGCUUCCCUGGUGGUCACUGAAGCACCGCCGCCAUGGCACUGCGAGCGGCCAUAUUCGACCUGGAUGGGGUCCUGGCACUGCCCUCGAUCGCCGGCGCUCUUCGUCGCACCGAAGAGACGCUGGCGCUGCCCAGAGGCUUUCUGGGUGAUGCUUUCAUGAGAGGAGGCCUGACUGGUUCCAGUGACCGCCUUAUGAGGGGAGAGAUCACAUUUUCCCAGUGGCUGCCGUUGAUGGAAGAAAACUGUAGGAAAUGCUCCCGGGACUUGGGAAUCAACCUCCCUGAGACCUUUUCUGUCAGUCAGAUCUUUGGCAAGUUGAUUUCAGCAAGAAAGGUUAAUUAUCCUAUGCUUCAAGCAGCUCUGGCUCUCAGAAAGAUGGGAUUUACCACCUGCAUCCUCACCAACAACUGGCUAGACGACAGAACCCAGAGGGGUAGCCUAGCCCAGCUCAUGUGUGAACUGAGGCCACACUUUGACCUACUGAUUGAGUCCUGUCAUGUUGGAAUGGCCAAGCCUGAUCUUCAGAUCUACAAGUUUGUGCUGGACAACUUGAAGGCCAGCCCCAGUGAGGUUGUUUUUCUGGAUGACAUUGGGACUAAUCUGAAGCCUGCCCGUGACAUGGGAAUGUUCACCAUCCUGGUCCGAGACACCAAAUUGGCCCUGAGGGAGCUGGAGAAAGUAACCAAGAUGCAGCUUCUCGAGACUGCAUCCCCUCUGCCUAUUCCAUGCAGCUCAAGUGAGGUGGCCCAUGGAUAUGUGCCCAUAAAGCCUGGAGUGCGUUUGCAUUUUGUGGAGCAGGGUUCUGGCCCUGUUGUGUGCCUCUGCCAUGGGUUUCCUGAGAGUUGGUUCUCUUGGAGGUACCAGAUCCCUGCUCUGGCCCAAGCUGGAUUCCGAGUGCUGGCUAUGGACAUGAAAGGCUUUGGAGAGUCCUCUUCUCCACCUGAGAUAGAAGAGUAUUCCUUGGAGGUGAUGUGUAAGGAAAUGGUAACCUUUCUGGAUAAACUGGGCAUCUCUCAAGCAGUGUUCAUUGGCCAUGACUGGGGUGGUAUGCUGGUCUGGUCCAUGGCUCUCUUCUACCCUGAGAGAGUGAGGGCAGUGGCCAGUUUGAAUACUCCCUUAAUACUAGGGAAUCCUAAUGUGCACCCAAUGGAGGCCAUGAAAGCCAAUCCUCUCUUUGAUUACCAGUUCUACUUCCAAAAACCGGGCAUAGCAGAGGCAGAACUGGAACAGAACCUGAGUCGGACUUUUAAAAGUUUCUUCAGAACAAGUGAUGAGGUGAUUAUCUCUACGGCCAAAGUCCAAGAAAGGGGAGGACUCUUCACAAGAACCCCAGAAGACCCCAGCCUCAGCAGGAUCACCUCGGAGGAGGACAUUCAAUUCUAUGUGCAGCAGUUCAAGAAGACUGGUUUCAGAGGCCCCUUAAACUGGUAUCGGAACAUGGAAGCGAACUGGAAAUGGAGCUGCAAAGCCUUGGCACGGAAGAUUCUGAUCCCAGCUCUGAUGGUCACCGCAGAGAAGGACAUGGUGCUCAGCCCUGAGAUGUCCAAGCACAUGGAGAACUGGAUCCCCCACCUGAAACGGGGACAUAUUAAGGAUAGUGGACACUGGACACAGGUGGAGAAACCCACCGAGGUGAAUCAGAUCCUCAUUGAAUGGCUGGAGGCUGAGGCCAGAGACCCGCCGGUGACCUCAAAGCUUUAGCGUGUGCCUGCACCAACAGCCUCUUUCUCUGCUGGGGCACAACUCAUGCUACCCAACUGGGAAUUCAUCUCUCUCUCUCUCUCUGUCUGUCUCUGUCUCUGUCUAUCUCUCUUAGCAGCAUUGUUCUGUAGGGCCUUGCAGAACUAAGGGGGGGGGGGGGUUCUUACAAUGACAUGAGUCCACAUUGGUCUCAUCGUUGACCUAGGAAUGAUCAUGUGUGAUGAAGUCUCAGGGUAUAAAUUCAUCACUUUAGUUCUAAGAAUAACUAAAUAACUGGGUGGGGGAAUUGGGCAGUAGCGCAGCGGGUUAAGCACACAUGGCGCAAAGUGCAAGGAACAGCGGAAGGAUCCGGGGUCGAGCCCCCGGCUCCCCACCUGCAGGGGAGUCGCUUCACAGGCGGUGAAGCAGGUCUGCAGGUGUCUAUCUUUCGCUCCCCCUCUAUGUCUUCCCCUCCUCUCUCCAUUUCUCUCUGUCCUAUCUAACAACGACAACAUCAAUAACAACAACAAUAAUAACUACAAUAACAAUAAAAAAUAAGGGCAACAAAAAGGAAAAUAAAUAAAUACACAUUAAAAAAAAGAAUAAACGGUGGGUAUUCUGUGGGGAAGCAGAUUUGUUCAGCCAGCAAGUGAUUUCAUUUUGACUAAAUCAAUGACUAGUUUUGCUGCAGACUUGAAAGUUUAUAUUGUAUUUCAACAGAGACUGGGAGUCUAACUCAAUAAAGCCAAGACAAUGGUGA